AUGGGUCUCAAUGGAAUGUUGCGCUCAAAAACUGGGAAUUUAUCUUUUUUGGUUGAACUUGACCAUCAUAGUAAUAACCUUUAUGGAUUCAUUCCAUUUGAGAUUGAGAAACUUCAAUGUUUGAAGAUUUUACAGAUUGCAGUAAACAAGCUUUCAGGAAAAAUACCUCCAACUAUUUCUAUCUUAUCCUCACUCGAGUUGUUGUCUUUGUCUUUCAACUCUUUAACAGGAGAUAUUCCCAAAGCAAUUGGUGCUCUCACAAAACUGAAAAUAAUAUAUCUAGGUGUUAACAAGUUGUCUGGCCAAAUAUCAAGGAAUAUUGAAAACUUGACAAAACUUCAACAUCUACCGCUUGGUGAAAAUAAUAUAGAUGGUUCAAUACCUACAGAAUUAGACAAUCUUUAUAAGCCUGAGCAGCUUACGUUGGGCAAUAACAACUUGAGGGGUUCUAUUCCAUUGGAAAUUCUUAACAUAUCAGCUUUGCAAAUGUUGGGUCUUCCAAAUAGUACUUUAUCAGGUAGUCUUCCAUCAGAUUUUGGAUGUGGUCUUCCUAAUCUAGAAGAGCUACUUUUAUGGGGCAACAAACUUUCUGGAAGAAUCCCAAAUACAAUUUCCAAUGCCUCUAAGCUGACCAUUUUAGGAUUGUCAACAAAUAAUUUCAUAGGGGUUUUACCAACUACACUUGGGGAUUUAAGAUACUUGGAAUACCUUCGAAUAAAAAAUAACAAUUUAACCACAUCAGAUGCUUCCAAUUCUAAAACCAACAUUAUUACCUCAUUGACUAAUUGCAGACAUUUGAAAAUUCUGGUCCUCUCAGCAAAUCCAUUGUAUAUAAAACUUCCUAAGUCCAUUGGAAACUUCUCUGAUUCUCUACAAGAGUUGGACAUUGUUUCUUGUGGUAUUAAUGGUAACAUUCCAUCAGAAAUAGGGAAUCUUACUAAUUUGCUAACACUUUCUUUGGAUCAAAAUGUCUUGAAUGGACCAAUUCCAACAACAAUUGGCAGCUUACAAGAUCUUCAAUUUUUGAGUCCUAAAGGAAAUGACUUGCAUGGCUUAAUUGUUCAUGAUCUUUGUGAAAUCAAACCACUUGGCUAUCUACAUCUAAGCCAAAACAAGUUUUAUGGAGCAAUGCCACCUGUUUAG